AGUCGCUCCGCUGGGAUGCAGCCCAUGUGCAUAGCAGUUGUCGUGCAUUGGGCAGCGACGGCGUGGACGUCGACCCGAGGUCUGUGGCUGCAUGAGAAGCUGCCGAUCUUCGCGGCCAUGUUCCAGCAUCCGCCGACAUCCGCGGUGCCAUCCAGUGUCCAUGAGUGGUUUGACGCCAACCGACUCGGCUCGCCCGACGCUGCGAGCCUUGUGACGCAGCUUUUGCAGCAGCCGUCCUUCGCACCCGAGGCCAUGGACUCGCGCAUCUUUCGGUGGGCGUGCCUCCAUGGGCAUUUCGCGGCCGUCGCCGAGCUCGUGCGCGACAAGCGUGUCGACGUGACCGCCCACGAUUUCUUUGGCGUGCGCAUGGCCCUCAAGCGCAACCGCGGUAUCGUCGACCUUCUCUGCGCGCAGUACCCAAGCGUGGCGGACCGGAUCUCCGACCUCGUCCAAGAGACGUUCACGCAUGCGUGCCAUUAUGGGCACCUCGAGGCCGUCCAGUACAUGCUCGACGACCCGCGGCUCUUGCCCGCUACGAUGCACGAUGUCAUAGCAGCCAUGACGUUUGUCGACACGUACUGCGGGUUCAGCAUGAUGACGUGGCAGUCACAGCAUCACAUGACGUUCGAGUCGACGCUGUCGGUCGUCGACCUCGUGCGGAAGCACCCAGCCUUUGACAUUGGCGACCGGAACGGCCGCCUCUUUCGCUGGUUCUGCCAAAUUGGCUAUCUCGAGGCGGUUGAGGAGCUUCUAAAGCACCCGCGGGUCGAUCCAAGUGCCAAGUCGAGUGCUGCGCUGAUGCUGGCGCGAUAUGAUGAGCCCAUGACGGCGCUACUGCUGGCCGACGGCCGCGUGGACCCUGUCGCCGCAGCGUCGCUCGCCAUGUUUUUCGAGUAA